AUUAGCAUCGCAAUAUCAACAUCUGUUUGCAACUCACCUCCCUGGGGUUGCACUUCUAGAGAUCAGCUUCUGCACUUCCGUUGGCUUCGUGCAGCCGAGGAGGCAGAGGAGCAACGCUACCAUGGACGUCGUGGACCGCGCGCGCGGCGGUGUCGCAGACGAUGAGAUCGAGAAGCACGAGCCCGGGCCCGGGGACAUGGAAUCUGACCCCGCGGCGGCGCGUGAGGAGUGCGUGCUGCCGUGGCGCGAGCAGGUGACCGUGCGGGGCAUGGUGGUGGCGCUGCUGGUCGGGUUCAUCUACACCGUCAUCGUCAUGAAGAUCGCGCUCACCACGGGGCUGGUGCCCACGCUCAACGUCUCCGCCGCGCUGCUGGCCUUCCUCGGGCUCCGCGGGUGGACGCGCGUGCUGGAGCGCCUCGGCGUGGCGCACCGGCCCUUCACGCGCCAGGAGAACACCGUCGUCGAGACCUGCGCCGUCGCAUGCUACACCAUCGCGUUCGGCGGUGGGUUCGGGUCGACGUUGCUGGGCCUGGACAAAAAGACGUACGAGCUGGCCGGGAACUCGCCGGCCAACGUGCCGGGGAGCUACAAGGACCCUGGAUUUGGCUGGAUGGCUGCAUUCCUCGCGUCGAUCAGCUUCGCGGGCCUCCUAAGCUUGAUCCCCCUCAGAAAGGUUUUGGUCAUCGACUACAAGUUAACUUACCCAAGUGGAACUGCAACAGCUGUUCUCAUAAACGGUUUCCACACUAAGCGAGGAGACAAGAAUGCAAAGAUGCAAGUCCGUGGCUUCCUAAGAUACUUUGGGCUCAGCUUCGUAUGGAGUUUCUUCCAAUGGUUCUACACAGGAGGCGAUGUUUGUGGAUUUGUUCAGUUCCCUACAUUCGGUCUGAAGGCAUGGAAACAAACAUUCUUCUUCGACUGUAGCCUCACGUAUGUUGGUGCGGGGAUGAUUUGUUCGCACCUUGUGAACAUCUCCACCCUCAUUGGUGCGAUCUUGUCAUGGGGGAUAUUGUGGCCACUCAUCAGCAAACAAAAAGGGGAUUGGUAUCCUGCAAAUAUACCAGAAAGCAGCAUGAAAAGCCUAUACGGUUACAAGGCCUUCCUUUGUAUAGCUCUGAUCAUGGGAGACGGUCUGUACCACUUCUUUAAAGUCCUUGGUGUCACUGUUAGGAGCCUUAAUGAACGACUAAACCGCAAACGUGCUAGCAACAGAGUGGCAAAUGGGGAUGACAUGGUCGCACUUGACGAUCUACAACGCGAUGAGGUCUUCCAUGGGGGCUCUGUUCCCUCCUGGGCAGCGUAUACCGGAUAUGCACUGUUAAGCAUCAUUUCUGUGAUCACCAUACCGAUGAUGUUCCGGCAGAUCAAGUGGUACUACGUUAUUGUCGCCUACGUCCUCGCCCCUCUGCUUGGGUUCUCCAAUUCCUACGGAACAGGGCUCACCGACAUCAACAUGGCCUACAACUACGGCAAGAUCGCGCUCUUCAUCUUUGCAGCCUGGGCUGGCAAGGACAACGGUGUUAUCGCCGGCCUUGUUGGAGGUACGAUGGUGAAGCAGCUUGUGAUGGCAUCUGCCGAUCUGAUGCACGACUUCAAGACGGGCCAUCUGACUUUGACAUCGCCGAGAUCCUUGCUCGUGGCACAAUUUAUUGGGACAGCCAUGGGCUGCAUUGUCUCACCUCUCACGUUCUUGCUCUUCUACAAGGCGUUUGAUAUUGGAAACCCGAAUGGUUACUGGAAGGCGCCAUAUGCGCUGAUCUACCGUAACAUGGCGAUCCUUGGUGUGGAGGGCUUCUCAGCGUUGCCGAGGCAUUGCCUUUCACUCUCCGCUGGAUUUUUCGCAUUCGCAUUGAUCUUGAGUGUUGCUAGGGAUAUCCUGCCACACAGGUAUGCAAAGUUCGUGCCCCUCCCAAUGGCGAUGGCCGUGCCAUUCCUUGUGGGUGGGAGCUUUGCUAUCGAUAUGUGCGUUGGGAGUUUGGUGGUCUUUGUGUGGAACAAGAUGAACAGGAAGGAGGCUGCGUUCAUGGUGCCUGCAGUUGCAUCCGGUUUGAUCUGUGGAGAUGGCAUAUGGACGUUCCCUUCGUCCCUGCUUGCUCUUGCCAAGAUCAAGCCACCAAUCUGCAUGAAGUUCGUACCUGGAAGCUAGAGAAUUUGGACAGUUCAUGGACGGAGGAUGGCCACCAAUCGGCAUGAAGUUCGUACCGCUAGAGAAUUUGGACAGUUCAUGGACGAAGGAUGGAUUGAUAGUGAUUUGUGAUACAAUAAUUGUUCAUGUUACGUCAUGUUGAUUACCUGUAGAGUAAAUUGUUGCUUUCCAAGAGGUUCAUGUUACGUCUGGAUUGACAGUAAACAGUUUAAUAUACUAGUGUUUUAAUAAAGACAUGUUGGAUUGAAC